CUCUUGGCCCACCACUGAUUCUCUUUUAAUUUUUUUGAUUUUCAGCUAAAGUUUUCAGAAUAUAUUCAUAAGCAGAAUUUCAGAAUGUAUAUUGAAUGGCAGAUUAUUCAGUUUUAUUAGAUCGUUCCAACUUAACUUCAGUCAAGCAAGUAUAGAAACUGGUAUUCUAGACAUAUAGGUAAUAUACACUGAAUAAUGAUUGAAUAAUUCUUAUAGUUUACUAGACACACAUAGAUGUAAAUGAUAGUUUAAAAGUUUCAAGAAGGAUUUGCCGUUUCACUGUGCCAUUACUUGUUGGAAAAGGAUUCUCUACUGUGAAGACUGAAACAUUUUAAGAAAUAAUAAUGGCGUCGUCAAUGACUGAAAUAGUUACGUCACCUGUUGCAAAGCAUAGAAAAAGUGCUUUUGGAUUUGAACCGUCUUAUGAAAAGAGAUGGGACAGCGUCAUGCAAUUGCAGACAUCACAAAAGAAAACGCCGCAUAGGUACCAACAAUCACCCGUCUUCUCACGAAAAGUGCAUUCUUGUCCUUCGGAGAAAAUUGAUCCAAAGCAUCAUCACCACCGUAGGCGCCAUCAUACAGAUUCACGACGUCAUCAUACAGAAUCACGGCGCCAUCAUGCUGUAUCUGAGAGCGAUAAAUCUGAUGUGACUUGCGAUGAACGCGUACAUUUACUUUCAAGUUUGCCGUGGCGAAAGUCGACUGACAGCGACAGCUCGAGCAAUUCUUCAAAUGACGAUCUCUCAUCAGGGAGGAAUUUUGGAGGGUAUUCCCCUUUUUUCUCUCAUAGACUAGAUGAUAAUCUGGAGAGGGAACGCACUCGCAGCGUUUCUGCAACGUCGAAACCUCUUUUUCUCAGGCGAGGGAAGCAGAGAGCUCGAUCACAAGGAUCCUCCCCAAUCCCACAAAGAAAAUAUGAGCCGGGAAUUCCCCCAAUUUCUCUUGCCAUUCCAAACUAUGCAAAUCAGGGAAAUUCCCACAUGUCAUAUAAAACAACAAUGCAUAUAGAAAACCAAAAAGCAUCAGCUUCCUCCCCGGGUCUUGUCCUUAGCCCCAUUGAAGACCCCGUUACCCCGCAAGCUGGGACAACCGAGUUUAUCACUGUGCCCAUGGUCCAUGUCACCGGAGAACAUUUAACGGAAAACCAUGUCCAUCAUUCAACACUAGUUGGAGCUAAUAAUCCGACUGGUUUCUUACAAGUACCACCACUAGAUGGAUCAGGGAGUCAUGCUACGCACAGCCCGCAUACUUUGCGUAAAUUCCUCGGACUGCAAACAGAAGAAAUUCCUCCCACAGGUCUGACAGAAACAGAUAUCUUACGAUCUCGUCUCUUAUCUCGGCGAUUCUCUUCCAGUAGCGAGUCCAGCACUAGCACUCUGACAUGAGUGGUGCAAUGAGUCAAGUUUUAUAUAAAACAGAGGUGCAAGGAGUGAAAGAAUGUACAAAAUAAACUGUAAAAACUUGCUUCUGAGCAAAGAUGAAGAAAAACUUUUACUAAACUGUUCGGACUCCACCAUCAAGUCCAUGGACCGGACCGAAUGGUAACUGGACAAGAGGCUGUUGGUCGCCAUAUGAUUAAGACAUCAUAUCAGCUUUCCUCUUCCACAGGAUAAAAAUGAAAACCUUUUAUUUCAAUGACAAUUAUUUACUGUCCAUGGCUUCCUCCAUCGUAAUAACCGGACCGGACAAGAGGUCAUUGUUCGCCAUAUGAUUAAGCCGUCUUAUCGGCUUUCCUCUUAUCCAUGAUGAAUUUAAAUUUUAUUUUCCUAUAAUGAUAAUUAAAUACAUUGCAAAUGUCAAAUUAAUUAAAUUAAUUAAUAAUCUGCAUUAUUUUAUGAUUUUCUGUGCAGUUCAAGAUUUUCAUAUUUGAAUCUUUGUUGAGUUAAAUUUUUAUGAAUUAACCCUCCUUCCCUCUGUUUUCUAAACAGACUGCCCCACCUAGUGCCUUUUUCUUUAUUCUUCAUGAAUAAUAAACUCUUCUUCUACGAAUGUUCCUUGUUAUCUGGUUUUAUCUAAAAUUAAUUUAAUAUUUAAAUGGUUCCCAAAAUGGUCAGUCGGUACAGGUUUGUUGAUUUCUUGGUCAAAAAACUCAUAUAGAUCAAUUUAUUGAAAGUUGUUGUUGGAAAAAAAUCACUUUUUCUGCUACUAACAGACCCAAAGAUUUCAUUUUUUCAAAUAUUGAAAGAAGUCGUUAAAAGGCUAUUACCUAAUUUUUUUUCUGCCAAUUUCUUUCUAGUUUCCCAGGCCUGGUAUUUCACGCAAUAUUUUGCUGUCAUAUUUUCUGUAUGGGAACACUUUUUAUGUGACAUAUGAGAACAUUAAAUAUGACAUCCAACAGAGUAUCUAUACAUUAUUCUUCAUGAUGAUAAUUAACUGUGUAAAACGGUCGAGGGAGUUAUUCUAUGUUCCGGAUAUAUUUGAGCAUUGCUCACUUGUGCUUUACUUUAUUGAUUUCCAAGGUGCUAUAUUGUGCUAUUAUUGCACUGUGCGCUGGUUUAUGUUCUUUUUUAAAUAAACAAUUCAUUGAAAGGUUUGCAUUA